AUGCAUUUUGCCAAGAAACACAAGAAGGACCUGAAGAAGAUGCAGGCCAACAAUGCCAAGGCUAUGAGUGCGCAUGCUGAGGCUAUCAAGGCCCUGGUCAAGCCUAAGGAAGCUAAGCCCACGAUCCUGAGGCUUGGGAAGCAUGCCCAUGCCCACAUUGCCAGGUGUCUCAGGCUGUCCCAGCCAAAGACCAAGGCAAAGGCCAAGACUGAGCCCCAGAUCAAGGGCAAGAUCAAGGCUCAAAUUAAGGGCAAGGGCAAGGCCCAAGCUGAAACCAAGCCCAAGGCCCAGGCCCAAACCAAGCUCAAGGCCAUGGCCCAGACCCAGGCUGCACCUGCAACCCCAGUUCUGGCUCAGGCUCCUCCCAAAGCUACCCCCAAAACCACCCUAGUAACACUCUUUGCUUGUUAA